UCACCUUAAACUAGUGACAGACACGAACGAGCAAGCCAAAGCAGAUGAGUUUGAUGUAUUUGGUUUUAAACACCGGGAACACACUCUGAAUACGCUACAAGUCCAGCCUUGGCCAGGCACGUGCGAUAUAUCAACAUUGCUGUGUAUCUGCAGUUUUGACGAGUUUUAGAUACUAUUUAUUUGGCGAGAGAUUUCAUUGUUUAGCUUCCUUCCUGAACUCUUUCACUGCUGGAUAUUCUUAUCGGCUGGUCAGUACUCAAAAUUCAGCGGACGAGGAGAAGGACUGGGGUUUGUUAAAAGUUACUUAAUUUGGGUCCGUCCUUCGGCAAACUGCAACAUCGGGGGAAAUCGAACUAUUGGCAAGAUCUGGGGGGACCCGUGACUGCCUCUAGCAUGAUGUCAUACCUCAAACAGCCCCCCUAUGCCAUGAACGGCCUGGGGCUGAGCGGGGCAGCUAUGGACCUACUGCACCCAUCCGUCGGAUACCCUGCAACGCCUAGAAAGCAGCGGCGGGAGAGAACAACAUUUACGCGCUCGCAGCUUGACAUUCUUGAAUCGCUCUUUGCCAAAACUCGUUAUCCGGACAUAUUUAUGAGAGAAGAGGUGGCGCUGAAAAUCAACCUUCCUGAAUCCAGGGUUCAGGUGUGGUUUAAGAAUCGACGUGCCAAGUGUCGCCAACAGCAGCAGAGUGGUAGCAGUACUAAAGCUCGGCCUGCAAAGAAGAAAUCCUCACCCACCCGGGAGAGCACGGGUUCGGAGAGCAGCGGCCAGUUCACCCCUCCUGCAGUCUCCAGUGCUGGCUCUUCCUCCUCCUCCUCCUCCUCUACCAAUAACACGGGCAUUAGCAGCACCUCUACCUCUAUCAGCACUGUCUCCUCAAUCUGGAGCCCUGCCAUUUCUCCAGGCUCCGCUCCCCCGUCCGUUUCCCUGCCAGAGCCCGUCGCUCCCUCAAACGCCUCCUGCAUGCAGCGUUCCGUCUCGAGCACGGCCGGCUCCUCCUACCCCAUGCCCUACAACCAGACCACUGGCUACAGCCAAGGCUACCCGACUCCUUCCAGUUCCUACUUUAGUGGGGUGGACUGUGGCUCCUACCUGGCCCCCAUGCACUCCCACCAUCACCCUCAUCAGCUCAGUCCCAUGACGGCCUCGUCCAUGCCCACACACCCCCAUCACCACAUCAGUCAGUCUUCAGGUCAUCACCACCAUCACCAUCAGCCAUACAGUGGCACUGGGCUGGCCUUCAAUUCAUCUGACUGCCUGGAUUACAAGGAGCAAACGGGCUCCUCCUGGAAGCUCAACUUCAACACUACAGACUGUUUGGACUACAAAGACCAAGCAUCUUGGAGGUUCCAAGUCUUGUGAUCUGAUUUUGAACCUUUUUUAAAAUGCCCUCCAUUUUCACCAUCUCUGUUUUAAAAGUGUGCUGAGUUUAAGGAGAAAGAAAAAUAUAUAUGGACUUUCCGAUUUUAACAAUAGUUAGAUGUUCAUCACAUUUUUAAAAGAAAGGAAAAAGGCAAAUUUGUGGAGGGAAAUGAAAGCUAGUUGCCUUUGACACUGAAGAGACUUGAGGGUUCUGGUACUGAAAUAUUCUUCCGAACUCGCCCUACACUCUCCUGCUUGAUCUGGAUUACCGUUUUGCUCCAUGGGACACUGAACACUCAGCGACCGUUUUACAUCCACCUCUCAAACUCUGUACAGCUGUUUCGUUUUCUAAAUACGGUUAUUUUUUAGGAUGACAGAUUCUAGUCAGCUUAACGGAGCUGAAUUGUGUACAUAUGUAUUUGGGUCAGUUGCAUUGACCAUAUUUAGUUGGUGUUACUGGAUUUCAAAUGUUUUAAUAAGACUUUGAAACGACUUUAUGUAAAUCUUUUCCCAAAUAAUCCAAAGAUAAAAAAUUGGCUGGAUUUAUUUGAUUUACUGAGAUCCGUUUUUGUUACCCUGGAAAAAAAACAAAUCAGGAUUUUAUGAGAACCCCUGUGGAAAAAUAUAAUAAAAGAAAAAAGAAAAAAAGAAAACAUAAUAAUACCUUGGAGAUUUAGUAUGGGCGAUAUUUGGCUAUGAUAUUUUAUUAGGUAAAAUAGCGUUUAAAGAUUUUUAUGAGGUGAGACAGGGCACGGCAUGAUUUAAAAUUGUUGGAUGCAUUUAGCAGCACUUGACUUACUUGCUUUAAUCGACAAAGGAUCAUGUGGAUGAGAAAAAAAAUGUGGUUUUAAGGAAAGCAUCCGGUGAAAUACUGAAUGUAUGCAGGCGGAGAUCAUCACAUUCAUGUCCGUAAUAAAGAAAAGUUAAAUACCAAAUUUUCACAUGACUUCUGACUGGGAUAUGUCCAAUUUUAACACACAAAUUUUACCUAAUUGUUGCAAAUGUUUUCAACGAAUAAGAAAAAUAAAUAAUUGUUCAAGUAAGAAGCUUAAAUAUUUUUCUUUGACGUGGGCUGUAAAACUUUCUUUCUGACAGA